AAUUAUCGUUAUUCGCUUCAAGUCACAGUCAAAGCGAAACCUGUCAAAGAGCCGCCAAGAUGGUUCGACACCUCAAGCACCACGAGAAGAAGCUCCUCAAGAAGACCGACCUUUACACCUACAAGUCAGAUCAAGGCCACCGUGCUGGUGAGAUCCAGCGCAAGUACGGAAUUACGGAUGUCGAAUAUAAUACCUACAAUGCACUCUGCGGAUCGAUGCGUAAAAUGGCGCACAAGCUCUCGCAGCUGGAACCUGAGGACCCUACACGCAGGAAGCUGGAGUCGGCUAUGCUAGAGAAGUUGUACAGCAUUGGUAUUAUCCAAAAGUCACGAGAACAGGGAGGAGCGUUGUCCCAGGUGGAACAUCUCACAGUUUCGGCUAUUUGCCGGAGGCGCCUGCCAAUUGUGAUGGUGAGGGAACAGAAAAUGAUUCAGUUUGUGGAUAAAGCCAUUCAAGCCGUUGCGCAAGGCCAUGUCCGCGUUGGUACGCAGAUUGUUCAGGAUCCCGCUACUUUGGUUACCCGGAACAUGGUUGACUUCGUGCAAUGGGUUCCCAACAGCAAGUUCAAAUUGGCUGGCCAGAAUUAUCAUGGCAAGAGAGAUGAUUUUGACAGCUUGCAGCUGUAAGGGGGAAAAUUGUCUGAAGGCAGUGGACUAUGUGUCUUCAAAAAGCAUGUUGAGGUUUUGUCUUGAUAUACCCGGUACUUUAUCCAAAAAUUCUUUAGGUCAUCGCUAUGGCGCUCUGGCGCGCCACCCAAUCAAUCCAAGAAGAGAUUGCAAUCUUAAAAU